CCAUAGAUAAACACUGCAAGCAGAAAGGCAGUGAAGGAGAUCCAAGGAGAAUGUUCUUCACGAUGAUACCUGGAGCAGCUGUCGUCAUCAUCAUCAGCUUGACCUUCACAGCUUGCCAGGCGGCGCCGGCACCCGGAGCAAAGCAGACCAUGUCCCUCAAGGACCAGCAGGCUGCUGAGGAGUACCUGUCCAGCUUCUACUCAAAAGCAGGCAAGGGCAGGAAAAUCCCUGGGAAUGAAUUCGCUACAAAGCUGAAGUCCAUGCAGCAGUUCUAUGGCCUGGAGGUCACCGGCAGGCUGGACUCUAACACGCUGGAGGUGAUGAGGAGGCCUCGCUGCGGCAUCCCCGAUGUCAGCCACUACACCCUCCUCGAACCCAAAUGGGAGAAGAACCUACUGACAUACAGAAUAACUAAAUACACGCCAGACCUGAGCUGCAAGGAGGUGGACGAUAUCAUAAGUCAAGCCUUUAAGCUCUACAGUGACAUCGUCCCCUUGGAUUUCAAGCAGGUCUUCCAAGGCACGGCAGACAUCAUGAUCCAGUUUACGAGCAAGGAUCAUAAUGACUUUUUUCCCUUCGAUGGCCCGCGGGGUACCCUCGCCCAUGCAUUUUCCCCAGGAGAAGAUACUGGCGGAGACACACAUUUCGACUUGGAUGAAGAGUGGACCCUGAGUCAGCAAGGAAUCAAUCUCUUCUUGGUUGCUGCCCAUGAGUUUGGUCACGCCCUGGGACUGGAUCACUCCAAGAACAAAAGUGCUUUGAUGUUCCCAACCUAUCAGUAUGUGGACACCAAGGACUACCAGCUACCUUCGGAUGACAGAGCUGGGAUCCAGGCUUUGUAUGGAGUUCGGAAGCCACCUGCUAAACCGGAUCCCAAGCCUAAACCAAAACCCAAACCCGAACCCAAACCCGAACCCGAACCGGAGCGAUGCCAGCGCGACCUGGUAUUUGAUGCCGCUACUAGCAUCAGAAACGAGCUGUACUUCUUCAAAGGCAGCUACUACUGGAAGAAGAGCAGCUUGUCCAAUUCGGUUCCCAUAACACUUAUCAGAAACACCUGGCCUUCAAUCCGUUCUGUGGACGCCGCCUACGAAAACACCGACAAAGACGUCGCCUAUCUUUUCAAAGGUGAGCAGUACUGGGCCGUGAAAGGCACCCAGAUGCAGCCUGGUUACCCCAAGGCCAUUUCCAGGUUGGGCUUCCCAUCCCACGUGACCGCCAUAGACGCCGCAGUGUACGUGGCGGCCAACAAAAAGACCUUCUUCUUUGUCAACGACCAGUACUGGAGCUAUGACGAGAGGAGGGGCAAGAUGGACCAUGGGUAUCCGAGACACAUCUCUCAGAACUUCCAAGGAAUCGGUACAAAGGUGGAUGCGGCCUUUCAGAACACCGGUUAUUUCUACUUUUCUAAAGGGGCCAGACAGAUCGAGUACAGCUUGCAGUCUAAGACAAUCAACCGCGUACUUCUCAACUACGGAUGGCUGAACUGCUACUGAAAACCAUUGCAUCCGGCAAACACCAUGCUAAUGCUGCAUUUACUCACAUACAGCGGCGAUUAUAAAAGGUUAUUUAGCUGCUAUGUUACUUUAACCUCAAUUCAUUCUUGCUUUGUGAACAAUUCCUGCACGCUUCUCGUAUUUUCAAGAAUUUAUGACACUAAUAAAUACGUCAACCCAGA